AUGGGGUACCCGUCCGGUGGUAAGGGCAAGGGAGGCCAUAUGGGAGCCUAUCCACAGAUUGGCGUGAAUACGGAGUCACUUCCACCUCAGCGUCCUGCUCCGCAGCAGCCUGAGAUGAAGGCGGACGUUGACUCAGAAGAUUGGAAAGCUCAGAUUCGCCGCCCGCCCCCAGACCAGCGCUACAAGACGGAGGAUGUUACCGCCACGAAAGGCAAUGAGUUUGAAGAUUACUUCUUGAAGAGGGAGCUGCUGAUGGGCAUCUUCGAAAUGGGCUAUGAGAAGCCCUCCCCCAUUCAGGAGGAAAGCUUGCCAGUUGCGUUGACGGGCAAGUCCAUUCUUGCCCGAGCCAAAAACGGCACCGGAAAAACCGGAGCCUUUGUCAUUCCGAUUCUUGAAAAAUGCAACACCACGAAGAAUGCAAUCCAAGGGCUCAUUCUUGUGCCCACGCGAGAGUUAGCAUUGCAGACUUCUUCAGUGGUCAAGGAAAUCGGCAAGCACAUGAACGUCCAAUGCAUGGUCUCUACAGGUGGAACAAGCCUCCGCGAAGACAUCAUGCGUCUUUACAACGAGGUGCACAUCGUCGUCGCCACGCCGGGCCGUGUGUUAGAUCUUGCAAACAAGAAUGUGUGCAACUUGAAGCAGUGCUCCAUCGUUGCCAUGGACGAAGCUGACAAGCUACUGUGCCCCGAGUUCAAGCCCAUUAUCGAGGACCUCAUCAAGUUCCUUCCUCAAGACAGGCAGAUUCUGAUGUACUCCGCGACCUUCCCCAUCGCCAUCUUGGAUUUCAAGAACAGUUUCAUGCAGGAUGCCCAUGAGAUCAACCUUAUGGACGAGCUGACGCUGAAGGGCGUGUCUCAGUACUACGCUUUUGUCGAGGAGCGUCAGAAGGUUCACUGCCUCAACACCCUGUUCUCCAAGCUGCAGAUCAACCAGGCCAUCAUCUUUUGCAACUCCGUCACCCGGGUGGAGCUGCUUGCGAAGAAGAUCACGGAGUUGGGUUACUCCUGCUUCUUCAUCCACUCCCGGAUGUACCAGUCCCACAGGAACCGAGUCUUCCAUGACUUCCGCAACGGAGCUUGCCGGUGUCUGGUUUCGUCUGACCUCUUCACGCGUGGCAUCGACAUCCAGUCCGUGAACGUUGUGAUCAAUUUCGACUUCCCCAAGAAUUCCGAGACCUACCUCCACCGCAUUGGCCGCUCUGGCCGUUUCGGGCACCUUGGCUUGGGCAUCAAUUUUGUGACUUACGAGGACCGCUUCAACUUGUACCGUGUCGAGAAGGAAUUGGGCACGGAAAUCCAGCCCAUCCCGCCGACCAUUGAUCCGGCGACCUACACCUAG